CCCUAUGUCUGUCUGCUAAGGAUACUGGGGUUGGACUUCCUGGGUCAGACUCUGCUGCUGCCGCCUCCAUUGUGAGCCAGGAGCCCGCGCUGAUCAGCUGCCGCUACCCGGAGGGGUGUGUGCGGGGAGAGUCCUUCCCUAGCGCCCCUCUGUGCCCAGCCGGGGUGACUCUCUCCGGCGGCUGGACCAGCCCGUGGGGCAGCCCCGGGCUCUGCCGACACCAGCUCCUGAGCCGGAGCCUGCAGGCACACAAAAGUAGCCUGGGCUUUUUGCAGAAAGAAGUGUAUGCAUAUAGUCCACAGCAAAUUCAUAUAUUCUACGGCCAGAAGGGACCAUUUUGAUCAUCUAGGCUGAUCUCUUUCAACACACAGCACAGGCAAUGACUCAUCUAUGGAUUCUCUCUCUAUCCCAGCUGUGAGUGACAAGAAGGAGAACAAUCUGAGAUGGAGGAACCAUACAAGAUGUCUCUGACAAGAUCCAAAGGCAAUGUUUCUGAGAGCCCCGAGCAGGAAAAAUCCCCUAGGAGUCCAGGCGAAUCAGAAGCACAGCAGCCAAACACUCCAGAGGAAAGUAAAUCUGCUCACAGUGGACAAGGUGUGAGGAAGCGCAAAGGCACCAUCGUCCGCCGGAGAACAUUCAUGGGGGAGAGGCCCAACAUCUGCAUUGAGUGCGGGAAAAGCUUCCUUCAGAGCUCAGACCUUAUUAACCAUCGGCGAAUCCACACGGGGGAGAAACCCUAUAAAUGCAUUGACUGCGGGAAAAGCUUCAGCAUCAGCUCAAACCUCAUCCGACACCAGAGAACCCACACAGGAGAGAAACCCUAUAACUGCCCCGACUGUGGGAAAAACUUCACGGACAAGUCGACCCUGACCCAGCACCAGCGGGUCCAUACGGGUGAAAAGCCCUAUAAAUGCAUUGACUGUGGGAAGAGCUUCAGCCGCAGCUCCCACCACAAGAGGCAUCUGAGGAGCCCUCCAGGGAAGAGACAGAGCAAAUGCACCCACCGGGAAAGUACUGCUGUUGGGAAGGUCAAAGAAACCAAAGCAUCAAAGAAGAGAACCUCGACCGUUGAGAUCUCCAAUACUUGUGCUGAAUGCUGGCAAAGCUUCAGCCAGAACUCGGACCUGGUCAAACACAUGAGGAUCCACACAGGAGAGAAACCCUAUGAGUGUCCCGACUGCGGAAAAAGAUUCAAUGUCAGUUCAAACCUGAUCAGACACCAGAGGAUCCACACAGGAGAGAAACCCUACACGUGCUCUGACUGCGGGAAAAGCUUCACUGACAAAUCCACUCUGACCCAGCACUACCGGAUCCACACGGGAGAGAAACCCUAUAUAUGCACUUAUUGUGGGAAAAGCUUUAGUCACAGCUCCCACCACAAAAGACAUGAAAAAAUCCACAAGGGAAGGAACUCGGUGUCCUUCCUGCCAUUGUGGCCCUACCCCACUCAAACGUUCUAAAGAAUGGGGUGCAUACUAAAGAGCCAGAAGGCAGAUUGGUGUGAAUUAUAGAGAGAGAGAAAGUGAGCACUGUGUGACCUGGAGAGUAGGAACUGCUGCAUGUCAUCAGACUGACAGUCAAACUAUUCCAGUCCCAUUUCCAAAAGUGGCUAUUAAUCACAUACCUCAAAGGAAGGUGUGAAACUCCUAUAAGGGACAAUUUUGCAAUAACCUGUCCAUGGGGGGAAAGUGGCUGCCUGUUCCCAGACUGUUAAUUGGUUGGCUUAUGUCCUCAAUAUAAAGAUCCCUUAGAAAUCUUUAUCCUAGCCAUGGUAACUGUUUGAUGAUAUUUUUUAUCAUUCCCAUAGAUGUGUCUAAUUCCCUUUUUUUUGGAAUCCUACUCUUGUUCUCUAUAACAUCUUGUCGCGGUGAGUUAAACAUGCUAGCCAUGCAUUGUGUAAAUAGUAUUUCUUGUUGUCAGUUUUAAAUUAAUACCCAUUAUUUCACUGGGCAUCUCCUUUUUGUUGUACUGUGAGAGAGGGCAAGUGGGGAACCCAAUUUGCUGGUACUUUCUCUCUGCUGUUUAUACACCUAAGACAUGUGCCCUCUUUUUCAUCAUCUCUUUAGACUAAAUAGUUCCAGUCUUUUCAUCCCCUUCUCAUACAGAAGUCUCUCCUGCCCUGUAACAAUUGUUGUCUCCUGUCUCUGAACCCCAUCUAAUUCUGCUAUAUCCUUUUUGAGAUGGGAUGGCCAGAUCUGAAUGCAGUAUUCCUGGUUUGGGUGUCCCAUCAAUUUAUAUGGUGGCAUUAGAAUAUUCAGUAUUAUUUUCUAACCAAAUGUUUAUCCAUACUGUAUUUUUUAUCCACUAUUGCGCAUUGUGGAGAGGUUUUCACUGCUGUGUCUAGUAUGACUUCUGCAUCUCUUCCUUUAGUUGUUGCACUUAAUUUAGAUCCUAGCAGUGUGUAUGAGUAGAUGAUAUUGUCCCUUUUAGCAGGCCACAUGGUGCCAGCAACUUCCAAGCAGAACUCUCUCUCUGAAGUGAAGAGGGAGAUUAAAUAUAUAUUAGCAGAGACUUUCAAAGCAGCCUAAGGAGUUUGGAUGCCCUGGGUGUGGUUUUCAAAAGCACCUAAGUGAUUUGUAAUGGUAUUUAGGCAUUGUUCUGCUCAGCACUGCAACACUUAAGGGUAUGUCUACACUAUGGGAUUAUUCUGAUUUUACAGAAACCGAUUUUUGGAAACAGAUUGUAUAAAGUUGAGUGCACGUGGCCACACUAAGCACAUUAAUUUGGCGGUGUGCAUCCAUGUACCGAGGCUAGCGUCGACUUCCGGAGCGUUGCACUGUGGGUAGCUAUCCCAUAGUUCCCGCAGUCUCCCUCACCCAUUGGAAUUCUGAGUUGAGAUCCCAAUGCCUGAUGGGGCCAAAAAUUUGUCAUGGAUGGUUAUGGGUAAAUGUCAUCAGUCAAUCCUCCCUCUGUGAAAGCAAUGACAGACAAUCAUUUCACACCCUUUUCUCUGGAUUGCCCAGGCAGAUGCCAUAGCACGGCAACUAUGGAGCCCGUUCAGCCUUUUUUCACUGUCAUCGUAUGUCUACUGGAUGUUGCUAACAGACGCGGUACUGCAGCACUACACUGCAGCAUUCCCUUGCCUUUGCAUGUUAGCAAAGACAGUUACCAGCCCUACUGUACCGUCUGCUGCUGUCAUGAGUGCUCCUGGCUGGCCUCGGUGAGGUUGGUCGGGAGCGCCUGGACAAAAAUGGGAAUGACUCCCCAGGUCAUUCUCUUCUUUAAGUUUUGUCUAAUGGAGAGUCAGUCCUGCCUAGAAUAUCAGGCAGGCUUACUAAAGAACCAGAGAGGCAAAUGUCCGCUCUAGGUUAGAGCCUCAGACAUCCCGCAGAAAUGAUGAGCUGCAUGCCAUUCUAGGGGGUGCCCUUGCAACAACCCCACCCGUUGCUUCCCUCCUCCCCCACCCCUCUUGGGCUACCGUGGCAGUUAUCCCCCCAUUUGUGUGAUGAAGUAAUAAAGAAUGCAUGAAUAAGAAACAACACUGACUUGUAAACAACACUCUGCAAGCAGAGAUCAAAGGGGGGAGGGGAGGGCAGCCUCCAGCUGCCAUGAUAUUCCAGGCAAGAGUGACUCUCCAUUAAAGGUUAAAGAAGAGAACGACCUGCAGUCAUUCCCAUUUUUGCCCAGGCACCCCUGGCCGACCUCACCGAGGCCAGCCAGGAGCACUCAUAGGACAAGGAUGACGGCUAUCGGUCCUACUGUACCAUCUGCCGUCGGGAAGGGAAGGAAGGGGAUGCUGCUGUGUAGUGCUGCAGCACUGCAUCUGCCAGCAGAAUCCAGUAGACGUAUGGCGACAUUGAAAAAGGCGAGAGAGGAUUUUUUUCCGUUUGCUUUCAUGGGAGUGGGGAGACGAAAUAUACCCUGAACCACAAUGUUUUUGACCCUUCAGGCUUUGGGAGCUCAGCCAAGAAUUCAAAUGGUUUUCAGAGAGUGUGGGAACUGUGGAAUAGCUACUGUCAUCAGUCGCCCCUCCCUCCGUGAGCGUCCAUUUGAUUCUUUGGCUUUCUGGCACGCUUGUCUCAACUCCUUAGUUUCACACAGCACUGUGUUGAGUCCCUGUUGUGGCCUCUGUCCAUCAUGGCCGUGGAGAUUUUUUCAAAUGUUUUGGCAUUUCAUCUAUUGGAACAGAGUUCUGAUAGAACAGAUUCAUCUCCCCAUACAGAGAUCAGAUUCAAUAUCUCUCGUAUGGUCCAUGCUGGAGCUCUUUUUUGAUUCUCGGACUGCAUGGUCACCUGUGCUGAUCAGCUCUCCACGCUGGGCAAACAGGAAAUGAAAUUCAAAAGUUCACAGGGCUUUUCCUGUCUACCUGGCCAGUGCAUCUGAGUUCAGGUUGCUGUCCGGAGCGAACACAGUGGUGCACUGUGGGAUAGCUCCUGGAGGCUAAUACCGUCAAAUUGUGGCCACACUAACCCUAAUUCGAAAUGGCAAUACCGAUUUGAGCACUACUCCCCUCGUCGGGGAGGAGUACAGAUAUCGAUAUUAAGAGCCCUUUAUAUCGAAAUAAAGGGUUUCGUUGUGUGGACGGGUGCAGGGUUAAUUUGGUUUAAUGCUGCUAAAUUCGAGAUAAACUCGUAGUGUAGACCAGGCUUAAGUCUCAUUUUCAAAGUUGAUUUAAGCACUUAGGAGCCUAAUUCCCACUAAAAGUCAAGAAAAGUUGUUCUACAUCACUUAAGGCCAGAUUUUCAAAGGUCUUUCAGCACCUAGACAUGCAGAUAGGUGUCUAGUGGGAUAUUCAAAAGAGCCUAAGUGCCUGACUCCAUUGAAAUAGCCCCUCAAAUCAAUGGGUGUUAGGCAUGUAGGCAAUUAUGAAAAUCCCUUUAGGUGCCUAAAUAACUUUAAAAAUCUUGCCCUUAGGCACUUUUGAAAAUUUUACUCCCAAAUUUCCAGAGCUGGGUGUCCAAAUCCCUUUGGAUGUUUUUGAAAAAUCUCAGCUGACCUCUGUCAAUCAUAAGGUUUUUUCAUAGAACCCAUUACUAUAGUAUUUAAACACUUCCCUGGAAAAUGAAAUCUGAUUUUAAACUGAUGGCAUGAUAUGGCUCAAAGUGCAUUGUGCUGCAUUUACCUGCACUGAAUUCCAUCUGCUGUCAUGUCGUCUAGUUCAUCUAACAUUGUUAGGUCCCCUCUGAAGUAACUCAGCCUUCUUUAUAUACAAAGUAAUGCUGUAUUCUCUGCAAAUUUUGCCACCUCAGUUUUCAUAUUAAACACUGGCCCUAGGCAUGGGCAUAGUUUGGAUGGGGCAGAGGGGGUGUUGCUCCCAAAACUGCAAGUCUCGGGCAAGUGUGGAAUUUGCCCCUCCCCCUUCCACAGCACAGCCUCAUUGGCCUGACUGAAGCUCCCCCUCCCCCCGCCCCAAUAUAAAAGUCAAACUGUGGCCAGAUGUUCCAAUUUUAUCAGGACUGUCCUCAUUAUUAUGAGCUUUGUCUUAUGUAGGAUCCUAUUUACCCCCCCACGUGCCCAUUAUCACUCCCCGUCCUGAUUUUUCACACUUGCUAUCUGGUCACCUUAACUAGUCCUAAUGCAGGACUCUGAAGGCACCCCACUGUUAACCUCUUACCAUGUUGAAAAACUGACUGACUAUUUAUCCUUUUUGUUUUCUGCCUCUUAGCCAGUGUCCAAUCCAUAACAGUACAUUUUUUGUUCAUCCUGUGACUACUUGGCUGCCUUAAGAGCCUCUGCUGAGGGACUUUGUCAAAAGGUUUUUUUGAAAGUCUAAAUAAAUUAGAUAAAUGAGAA